CUGCCCGUCAGUCUUUGCGAUAUCUCGUUAAGAAACAAGAGGAGAGAGCGUCCGUCGGUAUCGCGGCUCUUCUUUAUCGCACAAUUCUUUAUACCAUUUUAACAUAAACGGAUUUCGAACUUUUAUACAAUAUAGCAAUAUUCAAUAUCGAUCCGUGCGGCGGCAACUAUUAUUCGUACUACCAAUGGCAUAAUUGGACAUUUCUUCGAGAGACAAUUCACCGAUUUUAUUGUUGUUGCUGGUCUCUUACAUAUAUAUAUAUAUAUAUAUAUAUAUAUAUAUAUAUAUUGUAUAUCUGUAUUAUACACACUUCUUUUAUAUACCGUUGUUGCACAUUCGCUGAUCGAACUGAUCGGGAACAAUCUUACAAAAAGUGCCUGUCGGAGAGUGAUUUUGUGAAAUUUAUAACGACAGCAGUGAAGCUGGUGUCGAAUUUCCGAAGGAAGAACUUCGGGUUUUAACCGAUCGCAACUAACGUCAGACACACCGACUUUCGUCAAAAUGUCGGUCAUCAUGCAGUACGUCGAUCAGUUUCACGAAAUACUGGACAAACAUGCCGAUUCGAGGACGACGAAUUGGUUCCUGAUGAGUUCCCCAUUCCCAACGCUAUUCAUAUGCCUAGGCUAUGUCUACCUAGUCAAGGUUCUGGGACCAAAGUUUAUGGAAAAUCGUAAACCAUAUCAACUGAAAGAAGUACUUAUAGUCUACAAUUUAGUCCAAGUUCUAUUCUCAACGUGGCUGUUUUACGAGUGCCUGAUGGGCGGAUGGUGGGGACAGUAUAGCUUCCGUUGUCAGCCAGUCGACUAUACGGAAAGUUCAACUGCCGUAAGGAUAGGCGUUUCCGGAUGGUUCACAGGGGACUAUUCGCUAAGGUGUCAACCCGUAGACUACAGUGAUCGACCCCAAGUAAUGAGGAUGGUCUACGCAAGCUGGUGGUACUACUUCUCCAAAUUUACGGAAUUCAUGGAUACGAUCUUCUUCGUUCUAAGGAAAAAGACCGACCACGUAUCAACUCUCCACGUUAUCCACCACGGAUGCAUGCCAAUGUCCGUAUGGUUCGGCGUUAAAUUCACUCCAGGUGGCCACUCGACGUUCUUCGGUCUGUUGAACACGUUCGUGCACAUAGUCAUGUACACGUACUACCUGCUGGCCGCCCUGGGACCCCGAGUGCAGCCUUACCUCUGGUGGAAGAAAUACCUGACCGCGUUCCAGAUGCUGCAGUUUGUCGCCAUAAUGAUCCACGCUUUCCAGCUCCUCUUUAUCGACUGCAACUACCCGAGGGCCUUCGUAUGGUGGAUCGGAAUGCACGCGGUAAUGUUCUUCUUCCUCUUCAACGAAUUCUACCAGCAGCAAUACGCCCAGAAGAAGAUAAGGGCCGACAAGAAGCGGGCCGAGGCGAACGCGGCUUCCGCUGCGGCGGCUAAAUUGCAAAACGGGAACGCGAAUAUCCAGGCGAACGGCAAAAACGAAUCGACGACGUUAACGUCGAACGGCAAUGCAACGGCCGUCCGCAGAAGGGACGCGGCCGAUUACUACGUCAAGGGCGAAAGUUUGACCGCCUCCGAAUUAGGAUUAAGGAAAUCGUAUAACGCCGUCGCCGAGUGACACCCGUCGCGAGACCGAUGACAUGUAUUUAUUAUUAUUAUUAUUAUUAUUAUUAUUAUUAUUAUUAUUAUUAUUAUUAAUAUUAUUAUUGUUGUUAUUAUUAUACACAUACACACGCGCGCACACACGAAAAAGAAUUUCGACGCGCAUGGUUGUCACAUACAUUAUAACAUGAUACGUAAUACUAUAGGUAUGUUUAAGUAUAUCUCGCCCGGCAGUGUGUUCUCAAGAUAAAUCAGAAUAACGAUGAAUGGAAGGAAAAGAAAACCGCAACCAUGAAUAAUUCACCUUUAAUAAUUUUCAACGACAGGGAAAACGAGGAGAAGUAAAUAAUAAUCAUAAUUACGAAUCAUGUGAUCGAUCGUGAAAAUAUGAUCGUACGUUACAUUAUGUGUAUAUACAAGUGCACGUACAUACGUAUAUAUGUAUAUAUACAACCGUGUAUUUGUAUACAUGCAAGUAUGCGAUUGUACUCAAACGGACCUGUGAUAGAGAGGAAUUGAUGAAAAACAAAAAGACAAAAAAAAAAACAAAAACAAAAAAAAAAAUUGAUAAAAAAAAAACAA